AUGUCGUUGGUCACGCCUUUCGCCGCGACUGGCAAGUCUUCCAGCUUUUUACCGACAAUCAAAUGCUCGAACUGCGCCAGAGAGAUCGAGAUUGCGAGGAUGGGCGAGCAUGACUGUGUUUCGGGCGCGAAUGGGACUUUCCCUGGAAACGGAGGCCACGCGCCAGAACCGAGCAACCCAUUCAUGUUGCGUCAGACUAGCUUUGACGAUGCGCCAUCUUCCGCGCCCUUCAAUCAGAGCCACCAACAGGCACAGCCGCACUAUCAAGAACAUGAUAUGCGUCAGCAGAAUCCUUAUCACGAUGAGCAAUAUUCACAAGGAUAUGAACCGCGGCAGCAGUAUCCACAAGCUACGUACCAAGAGCCAUCUCAGCAGCAACCGCACCAGACCUCGUCUCAAAACUCCUAUGGUCACUCAUAUGAGCAGCAGCCAAUGCCACAGCAGGAAGACAGGGAACAAUACCCUUACAACACAACAUACUCUGGACAGGACCCAUACCAACAGACAGUUCAGACACCUCAACCGGAGCCGUUUCGCGAGCUUCACCAUGAUACAAACCACGAGACAUAUCAGGCACCACGCCACGAUGAAUACCAGGAAACGCCAAUGGGAGAUCAACGACAACCGCAUUAUGAUCAAUAUCACGAGCAGCAGCAGCAGACAUAUGUAGGACAUCAGCAAGAUGCAUUUGUAGGACAGCAAUCCCAAGCAUAUCAAGCGCCACCUCCAGAUUCCUUCCGGAAUCCGCAGCAGGAUCGGAACUACCCUACGGAGCAGCCGUACAAUCAACCACAGAUGCAGCAGUCAUCGAUGCACCAGCAGUAUCCAGCAAACUAUCAACAGCAGCGAGAUCCCAUGCGUCGUCCGAGCGACGCUGGGCCGCGUAUGAGGAGGCCAACCUUGCCAUCCAUGGGGGCGGGUCAUCAGGAUCCGUCUCGAAACCCAAGGAUGGCGUUGCCGAAGAUUAACUCCAAUCUUCCGAAUGGAUCGCAUCUCGCCGCACACACAGCUGUAGAUGCGCCACGUUCACCUGCAUUCAGUUCUCGAUCCGGCAUGAGCAACAAUGGACGCCCGCCUUUGGGCCGUAGUCACACGAAUCCUCGCCCUCGGUUGUGGGACCCGCGGCCCCCGAGCAUUGAGAUUCCUGUGAAUCUGGAUUGCGCAUUCCCACCAUUCCCGAGUGCUGCACCGCAGAAACGUCGUCCUUCUGCUGCACAAGGUCGCAAGACGCCCACAGGGAGUGAGAGAGCAUCGUCCCGUAGUGCAUCACGCAGCGCAUCUCGUAGCGCAUCCCGAAGCGCAUCUCGCGGCGGUCACAGAGCAGAUACUAUGCCAGUAGCGAACGAGCCUGCGUUACCGUCACUCCCACCGCUCGAGGAUCUGCAUGAUAUCCCUGCAGACAGUCAUAUCGCACCGGUUCUUGCUGCUCCCCAGGAUGGUCCUUACGGUGUACAGAAUCGGAGUGCCAGUGGUGACUCAUAUCGCGCACCAUCACCUAAUGUACAAAGACGGCCGAGUGAAACAUUCUUUGAGUCACCGCCACAAUCAUCUACGCCUGAGCUCUCUGCGUUCCCCUUGCCGGCCUCUAUUCUGCCAAACGAACAGAAGCCUGACGACGAUCAGCGCGACUUCCCUGAGCCACAUGAUGUACACCAUUCUCGGGAAGAGCACGAGGUUCACGACAAUUUCGAGUACAACGGCGCGAUGACUACCGAGCCACUACCAAUCCACACCGAUGAAGCACCGCACAUCGAUGCUUCGGUUGAUCGCCUAGACUUCUCUUUCGGCUCGCCCAAGAUAGAGCCAGCCGAAAACGAUCAUGCUCCAACGGUUCCGGUAGUGUCCCAUGAAAUGGAAAACUUCCACAUCGCCGAUCAGCCAGAGGCCAGUGAAGUCGACGAGUUUGCACUAGCACCGAAUCAAAUCCCGCAAGUCGUUCAAGCUCCACCACGCGGUGACAGCCGCAAUGCCGUGCUGUCCGACCAUAGCCUAGAAGAUGGGCCGCCAUUUCCCAAGCCUGUACAACGAUUCCGACAGGACAGCAAGCAUACGUCGUCUGAAUUCGAAUCAUUCGAGUCUUCAAGGAAAAGCUCCCUUGAGCACUCGGGCACACCUCUGAGCUCUGUCGAGACCGCAGCGAGCGGCGUUGAGGCCUUCCCAGACCUUGAUUUUGAGAGUGCCCAGUACAGUGGAGAAGAUGAAAAACAUGCAGAGAUUCUUGCCGAUGUACCUGUACCAGAGCCAUCAACCCAAGCGCCAGCUCAACCCCCAGCAGACCCGCCCAGAAAAUUUUCCAUGCCUCGAAACUUUGCUAGACCCGGUCCGCCACGCGAUGCUCAGCUGGCCAAAGUAGAUCCUAUCAUUGAGCCCGCAGAGUCGCCAAUGGAUCCGGCAAUGCAAGGACACAGUCCCUCUGGUUACGGGCCAUGGGGUGUACCAGCGCCUAGAGAAGUGCGUGCUCCUCUGGAAUCCACCCAGAGUAGCGAUGCGAUCAACCCAAAGCACCAGCCCGAGCCGCUGCUUAUACCAGUUCUGCCCUUCAGUGACCACGAUGCACACGGCCCAAGAUCGCCCCUGGGUCCUCUUGAUAGUCCUGUGUUCAGUGCAUCUGGAAGGAGUGCGAACUCGGAUCGAAGCAUAACACCGACCAUUCCCAGACCACCACGUGAACCCCAAGACGUAGCUAUGCGCAAACCGAUGGCUCGUCGUGCGACUAUCGGAAAGCCCAUCUGCCGUGGUUGCUCGUUACCCAUAGAGGGAAAGUCUGUCAAGGCCGCGGAUGGACGCCUCACGGGUCGCUGGCACAAAGCUUGCUUUGUCUGCCGAUCUUGUCACGAACCGUUUACGACUGCUGACUUCUAUGUCAUCAAUAACGAGCCGUACUGCGAGCGCCACUAUCACGAGCAAAACGGAUCCAUCUGCAACGGCUGCAACCGCGGUAUCGAGGGUCAGUAUACAGAGACCACCAGCACACUGCCAGGCCGCGCCGGCGCACCUCCAGAGCGGAAGAAGUACCACCCACGUUGCUUUACUUGUCGCGAAUGUCGGGCCGUCCUCGUGGACGAUUAUUUCGAAAUUCUCGGCAAUGUCUUCUGCGAGCGCCAUGCCUUCGCAGCCAUGCGAGCACAAGCCCGCAUGGUUGGAAACGGCCCGGGCAGGGGUGGCGGCCGGAUGCAAGACCGCAGCGGUCUGAAAGCUGAGCGGCGGACGACCAAAUUGAUGAUGAUGAAUGUCAUGCGAUGA